AUGACCCCUUGAGACAGAUAGAUUAAUCUCAUGAUGGAAAUUCGUAAAUAAAAUUAGUUCUGCUGUAAUAAGUAUCUUAUCGUGACAUUAAAUCAUAUUAUACCAAUAAGUGUGCUUAUGUAUUAAAUAAAUUCAAAUACAGGGAGUGGAGGUGGCUCCCUCGGCGAAGGCUGUUAAGUAGCUGUCGAUCACCUCGCUUGUUUGUAGCCUCUUGAGCUAAAAGCUAGCUCCUAGCAAUGGAACAUGUCUCCUCCAGCCCGCCGCGUUGCUUCUCGGCCUCCCCCGUGAAAGACGACGACUCCCCGGACACUUCCAGCGACGACGACCGCUUGGACGACGCGUUCGGCGACCUGGCGGCGCUGCCGGUCGAGGUUAGCGAGCGAAGACCGACGUGUUCACGGUGCCGUCGCCCACAGAAGGUGUGUCUGUGUCCCUUUCUACCCCCACAACCCCUGGACGUGUCCACAUGUCUCUACAUCGUACAGCACCCAGCAGAGGAGAGCAGAGUUCUUCGCACGGUGCCUCUUCUCGCCGCAUGUUUGCCACCGGGAAAGUGCAACGUCAUUGUCGGGAGACGCUUUAACGAAGCCAAGAACCCGGAGCUGGCCGAAGUGUGCCGGGACAGCCGGACUCUGAUCCUUUACCCGGGCCCCAACUCCCAGAACCUGGAGGAGUUAGCGCAGCGCCCAGGAGUGGACGCUGUGACGCAUAACAUCAUCCUCAUCGAUGGCACUUGGAGCCAGGCCAAAAACAUUUUCCUCAAAAACAGCAUACUGCAUCUCCCCAAGCAGGUGCAGCUAAACCGAAGUCUGUUGAGCCAGUACGUGAUCCGCACGCAGCCGUCCAACAUCUGCCUGUCCACGCUGGAGUGCGCCGCCGUCGCUCUGUCCAUCCUGGAGUGCAAUGACAUCUUCCAAGAGGUGCUGCUGAGGCCACUGAAGGCCCUGUGUUCCUUCCAGCUGGAGCACGGCGCUCAGGUACACCACAGCAAGGAGCACCUGCUGAAGAACGGCAUGUAUGACAAAACCAUGCCCAAGAACAAGCGCAAGAUCAAGAGGCUGGAGAAGCUCGUGACCGACCGCAACUCCCUACUGAGAUGAUCGCGUACGAACCAGCGUUGUCGGGCUAACAGACACUUUUUUUGGUGGGGGGGUUCAUUUUUGAAGGGACGGUGUUUUUUUUCCUCUAGGAUUUUUUUAUUUUUUAUUUGAUGCUGAUUUAUUUAUGGAAAUAAAUCAAUGUUUUAAUAGCCCUUUUAAACAUUCUUGCUUGUAUUUUGUACAACAUACUGGGUGUCUCCAUGGGGUUUAAACUAAAAGUGCAAGGCUGUCAGGCUUUAAGCUGUCAUUUGCUGUAAAAUGUUUAUUGCGACUCCCAGUUGGAGUUUACUGUCAAACAAAACAUUAAAAAAAAGG